GAGUACUUCAGGAUGACUCAGGUUUCCUUCUUCCUCUUUUCCAAACAAACUGCGCAACAACAAGCAGCCAGACUUUGUUCUCCUCUAACAGACACAAACAGUCAACAGGAGCGGGCAGGAUGUCUGUGACCAUGACCAAGGCUGAGGGGAUCACUAUGAUCACUUUGACCUCUGACCCCCAAAGUUUUUGUCCUCCACUGUGCCAAAUCUUCAAAGGCCUCUGCUACAGCCCCGUGCUCUGCUCUGUGUCUCAGCACCUGAGGAGGGUCCAGAGAAAUUCUCAGUCCGUACUGGGGGCUCUGCACAUUAUGGUUGGGUUGCUCAACAUCGGCCUUGGAGCGAUCCUCUGUAGCAGUCACAGUGCCUCUUGGUAUCUAAUGGAUAGAAGCUUGUUUCCUUUUUGGUUUGGAGGAUUGUUCAUGCUGUUUGGCACUAUUUGCAUUUUGUCUGAGAAGUGCCCGAGUCCAUGUCUGGUCAUCCUCAAUGUGCUCCUGAAUCUAGCGGGAGUUGCUUUAGCCCUUGCAGCCAUCGUACUCUACAGCAUCAAUAUGGCAAACAUGUCCACGUGGUGGAUGUGUCGCGAUGAUCAUUAUGAUUAUAAUUAUAAUUACCAUUCAAGACACACUACUACAACUCCACCUCCUGGGACGGACAUCAUGAAGGAGAAAUGCCUGGAGGGCAAAGAACUGAUUCUGAUGCUGAUGAGAAGCAUGAACGCUGUGCUGAUUGUCCUGUCAGCCCUGGAGCUCUGCCUCGUCAUCAGCUCUGCCGUCCUGGGGAUCAAGGCUCUGAGGAGCCGUGAGGACGGAGAAAAGAAGAAGAUUGGUGACCCAGAACUCUACAAACCACUGCUGGAGGAAGUCACCAGUAACCCUGCGGCCUAAAAUCUCUGCUUUGUGCUGUCAGAUAUCAGUGUGUUUGUAGGUAAAAGGGAGGUUCAUGCACAUCUGUGUGACGGACACACACAUCGAUGGGCUGAUAGGGUUUUUAUUUGCUAUUUUACGAUAUGAAGCCACGUUUAAAAAGUUAAAUUAAUCAAAACGAUUGACUGUUACAUAUAUUUUGGUAUAUUUCUGCUCUGUACUUUAUAUUAAACCUGAAAAGCGGUACUGAAAAAUUGAA